AUGACUUUCUCUAGAGCCCUACUAGUCCUUGUUCAAAUGCCUUUUACAAGAGGUCAAUACUUUCGGAGGACUGUGAGCAUUGGUUCAUGGAGUCACUCCUACAUAACCCUGUCUCUAAAACAUCCCAUCAAUAUUGGUGUAACCAGUAAAUAA